AUGCUUGGCAAGCGCCUACUUCCACAUGUCGUUGACCACAUUGCCAGCACAAAUCCAAACCUCAUCAUCGGCAUGGUUGCAAAAGCCAGUGCUGGCGAGAAGACUCCUUACGACUUCACCGAAGUGAACAUGUUCCAGUUUGCCAACGCAGUAAAUUAUACAGCUCAUUGGUUAGACAGCAUUCUCGGUCCGGGUUCACAACAGACGAUUGGAUUCGUUGGUCUCCAAGAUUUCAGAUAUGCGAUUAUGGAAGUAGCGGCUAUCAAAACUAGAAAUGUUCUAUUACUCCCAAGUCCUCGGAACGCAUUAUCAAACACAAUUCACCUGCUGAAUGCUACUGAAUGCGGUUCACUAUUCUAUUCUGGCACCGGGAGCCCAAUCGAAAACCACGUAAAGGGACUUCAAGACUCCAUGGGAACAGACAAACUCAAACUACACGCCAUACCCAGCUUUGAGGACAUGGUUUCGACACCAGCUCCCCAUUACUCGUACACCAAAACCUACAAAGAAGCCAAGAACGACGUCGUUCUCAUCCUCCACACUUCUGGCUCAACAGGGCGUCCGAAACCAAUCAGGAUCACCAACGCGUACAUCAAGCGAGCAGACAGCGAGCAACUCACUCCCACCAUCCCAAACAGAAUCCAUGCCGACCUUCGGAACUUGCAAUCGCCAAUGUACAACGGAUCUCCAUUUUUUCAUCUCAGUGGUGUUAUCGUUAUGCUGAGAGCUUUGUUCUCAGGGGUAAAUGUUGUUAUUGGGCCUCCUGAUGUUCCUCCUACGCCAAAGGUGGCGUGCAAUAUUGCGAGGAGUAUUGAGCUGAAGACUGUCAUGGCUGCUCCUCACGUUGUCGACUCGUUGUUUCUAGAGCAUGGUGAGGAGUUGAAAGAGCGUUUUUCGAAGCUGGAGCAUGUAAUUUGGUUUGGUGGACCAUUAGCACACACAACAGGCGAUUGGAUCAUCAACCAUCUCCCACAUGUUCAUCUCUGGCAAUUCUACGGUUCCACAGAAAUGGCUUGGUUCCCAAUGCUCGUUGCUCCCAAGACGCACUGGUCAUACAUGGAAUUCCACCCACAUCUUGGACCUCACCUCGAACCCGUCCCUGACACCGAUCUCCACGAGCUUGUGAUCCGUCAUCGUGAGGAUCCUACUCACGCAUGGUCAACUCCAAUCUUCGACAUCUUCCCAGACGAACCAGAAUGGCGAUCAAGAGACCUAUUCAAACGAUGCCAAGACCCUGGAAUGCAGAACUUGUGGAAAUUCGAAAGUAGAUUAGACGACAUCAUGAUUCUUAACAAUGCGCUGAAAGUCAAUCCACUGCACAUCGAAGUCAAGCUCCAAUCUCAUGCUUUACUCAAUGGAGCAAUGGUUUUUGGUGAAGGAAGGAUGAAAUGUGGGAUUUUGCUGGAGCCAAAACAGGGGAUCGAGAAAGAGCUGUUGCUGAGGAUAGUAUGGGGAGAUAUCGAGAGGGCGAAUGGAGAUGUGCCGGAACAUGCUAGGGUUGAGAGACAUUUAGUGUUAGUCGCAGACAAGGAAAAGCCAUUUGUGAAAUCUGCGAAGGGGACAGUUGUUAGGGCUGCGACGGGGAAGCUUUAUGAGAGGGAGAUUGAGGAGGUGUACUUGAAAGCGAUUGAGGUAUAG